GUUAGAGAAACGUUAGUAUCACUAACGGCGUACCAUUACACACAUUCUCCCACACAUCGAUCACCUUUCACAUCGAUCUUGCCAUUCCCUUCAACAUUUCUCUACGACAUAUACGGGACUCCCUACACACUCUUGACUACAACACUACAGCACUACAAUAUGGCAUCAACAUCAAAUUCCCCCGCGACCUCGAACGUCGAUAUUCAUCGUCACAUCCUUUCCCUUUACCGUCGACAGCUCUCCCGACAAGAAACUAUAUCGGAACAUCGGUUUGGUGGAUCGCAAGUCGCCCGACUGGCCCUUCAGAUGUCUUCCACACUCAGUAUCACUGAAGGCAUCAACAAAGUGCCUGUCGAAACGGUAUUGCAAGUCGCCAAGUACUUAUCUCAGAAAGAUCGAGCCAAUCUUGCUCGCACAUGUCGUGGAUUUUCCACGUUUCUGUGCACUUUCAUGCUGGAACAAGACGCCGCUGAGGAUCACUAUGCCCUCCUGUGGGCAUGCACCAAAAACAAUGUCCACGUCCUGAACCGUGUACUCAGCCACAGCCAGCUAUUAGUCAACUAUGUGUUUCAGAAACAGCAUUCAAUAAAGAUUGACGGUUUGAAGCACACCUGCAAGACUCCUCUAAGCCCGAUCACAGCUGCUAUUCGACUAAGAUCUUUUGAUGUACUGGACGUACUUCUUCGUCGUGGCGCCGAUGUCAACACACCGGAUCCCUCACCGAUCGAAAGAUAUUCGCGACGGUGGUAUCCCGUCAAUUGGGCAGUUCACUAUCUCCAAGAGGAGGCGGAUUUGGACAAAUGCCUUGGCCUGCUCAAGACCCAUGGUGCUAAUAUGAAUCUAAGUCCACUAUACAACGAGCUUGAUCCUAGUCCUAACGGCAAUGGCCGGCUUUUCUCCAUUCCCUAUGGAGAUUUGAUGUCUCUACAUAGUCAGCUACACUUUGGCCCACCCCAAACGUCGCUAGAUCAGCUGGUAGAUUUUCAAACCUUCAAGGACUGCUUCGAAAAACUUCUAAAGGUCCGGCUUCGCAAAGUUAAGGUGCUGCUUAAGCACGGCACAAAUCCCAAUGCCACAGAAUCUUUCACUCACCAUAGGCCCAUUUGCCAAAUCGUUACUCACUUGACAGAGUACGAUCCCGACCCAUUCUUCUUGCGCGUCCGGGAGCCUGUGGUUUCCAAUCAACGGGAAAGUCUAUAUGCCGAAAUCAUCAUUCCAUACGCCAUCAGAUUUAUCCGAGCCUUGAUCAAAAGCGGCGCGAACCCAAAUCUGAUAUGUAUUCCAUGGAGAAGGGCCCCUCUCCAUACUAUUUGCCGACACAGUCAGCGUUAUGAAAAAGUAAUCAAUCUUCUUCUUGAAGUUGGCGCCAAUAUUAACGCCGAAGACAAUCGUGGCCGCACGCCACUUCACAUCAUGGCAAAAUGCCCACCAGCUGACUCAAGUAUCAUCGACGACUUUAUCACCAAGGUUCUGGUGAGUGGCGGCAAUAUCAACCAUCAGGAUCGGGACGGCCGUACCGCCCUUCAUACCAUUUGCGCCGAGUAUAAUGGGUCCCGCGCUAUUCUCCAUGAUACAGUCGAGCUUCUUGUGAGUCGCGGCGCGAAUGCCGCACUCGUCGACUCUCACCUAUGCACUGCUCUUGAUCUUCUUAACGGCAGAAGAUUUGGUGUCCUAAGGGAAACUUAUGAUUUCCUCGCUGAGUGUGAGGGGAGAGCACAGACACCUACGGAAAAUGAUGAAGAGGAUGAGCAUAAUGCCACAGGUUCAACUGGAGCUGUAGACCAUUCUGUGGAUUGGUAGAUAUGUAUAGUCGGGUCUAGAACAUAUUUUAUAUGUUCUAUUCAGGAUUGAAAUGGAUGGGCUGAUUUGCACUAACAGCUGAAUGCUUGCUUACUGGCUUUCUAUACCGGCGUUGAAUGGUCCUGUUCAAUAUAAACAACAAUGCUAGGUAGUCCAUAGAGAAACUCUAACAACGAUUGUUCUAUAAAGGUUUCAGUUAUUAAUGUGUAGUUUGCGAUGCUCGUAGCUACUCAGUGUAGUGUUUGUCGAUAAAUAACCCCUUUCUUUUUUUUUCCUUCGCGUAAAUGAUUCACUCAGGGUUUUUGGAUAUAUCAUAUCUCAACCCUUCAGUGGCGUCCUAAAAUGUCAUUGCUGCUGGGCUUCAAGUUCAAAGCUUCUGCCAGUUAGUUAUUCCCGGCCCCCUCCCCCUUAAGCCCAAGCGCACCAUGUCGUAGUUUGUAUGUAGUUUAGUCGGUCAAGUACAUACCUACCUAGCAUAUAUUGGUUUAGCCGACAGCAACCCCCCCUUUUCUCCGCAGUGGUAGCUGAGGAGGGAGUUUUGUCGUGGUGCAACUUCUGCGGUAGCAGUCUUGAUGGCAACAUCGGCAGUGAGAGGUAGUGAACUGGGGUUGUAUCUCCUUUUGGGGUUUGCUUCUAGAGUUGGAGGUUUUACUCGUGAUACAUAGUUUUAUUAUGAUAUUGCCGCGGCAAGGG